GUGCUAACCUUGUGCUAACCUGCUCUGAGUACGACACCAAAUUCAAAUUACUCCGCCGAAUGACAUUUCUACUAUUAGUAAUUGCAGCUAUUUGUGGAACAAUACUAUGGGCCACCCUUUGAGAAUGGCCAGCACACGAGUUUCCCUCUCUGAAGGCUAAUUUCAGUUUUGCAAGCCAGUUACGAACAAACCUUGGAGCGUUCUCGGAGCAGGAGAGCUUGCAGCGUCUCUGCCAUCCUAAUCCAGAGCCACGGCCACCUUCAGCCGAUUCUUUUGCUAAUGUGGCCUAUCAUUCCUGAAAUAGUACUAGUGAUUUCAAGGCAAUGGCGAGGCGCAUUGAGGUAUGUCAGUAUGUAAAUGCCAUGUUCUAGGAUCCGAAGAAAAGGAUUGGAUGGAGAUAACAGCGACGAAGGACGCCAGCGCAGCAAAUAUGUACGGUAGAGUUCAGCGCUCAUGCCAGUGGCUUGGUGAUCAUUCUAACUUGAUCACAGCACCUUCCACUUAUGGACGUUGUAUUUUUAGCACCACUGCGGGGAGCUGCACUUGCGCAGGGUGUCUAGCUACACUGUUCCUGUGGACAUCGGCUCGAAAUGUCAAGCGGGGUGCAUGGGUCCUGUCAAUAUUUGCGAAACCGCGGUCUGUCAUUAAAUGAUGAACGUUAACUGCGCGGGGCUUUUCUCGUAUUCCUCCACCAUUAAAAGUGUACUUAAGGUCAGAACGUGUUUUCUGCAUUGCAUCAACCGCCAUUCUUUCCCCCCGUUUCUUACCUCUUACCUUUCCCAAGCUCAUUACCUCACAGGAUUAUGGGUCUCGAUACACGAGGAGACAUUUCCAUCGUGGAAAUCAUUUUCUACAUUCCCAUUCUCGCUACCAGCUUGAUUAUCACGUUGCGACAUGGUUUCUCUCGUCGAGCUGGCUGGAUUUUCCUUCUGAUUCUAGCUAUUAUCCGUAUUGUUGGCUCUGCAAUCCAUCUUGCGUCUGAGAAUAACCAAUCAAACACAACGUUGCGGAUAACGUAUAGUGUCCUUGAAGCCGCCGGCCUAUCCCCAUUAAUCGUCGCGACUUUGGGAUUCUUGAAUACUAUUGCCCUACAUGCCUUCGACGGCGAUCGAGCGGUGACCCUGAUCCUCCGUUUAUUGGGCACAACGUCUAUCGUUGCGCUCGCACUGGUGAUCGCUGGAGGCAUCAAACUUGCCAAUGCCGAUAACGAUAUUUCGAAACUUAACUCAGCCUCAACACUUAGACAUGUCGGAGCUAUUCUUUUCCUGGUUCUGUUCAUCUUCCUGGCUCUACUGCAUCUUUACUACUGGGCACAAAGAGAUAGAAUCAUGGAGCAUAGGCGAAAGCUUCUCAUCGGCAUUUCGCUCGCGCUUCCCUUCCUCGGCGUGCGGGUGAUAUACGCUGUACUCUCUUCCUACGCACCUGUGGAUCCGAACGAUACCAACGGGAGCCUUGCUAAAUUCAGCACAUCCACUGGUGCCUGGGCAAUAUACCUCGGGAUGGCCGUCAUCAUGGAGUUCAUCGUCGUGUUGAUUUAUACAUUCUGCGGCAUCACGAUCCCAAUGUUAAAUGAUCACAAGCAAGGGUCGACAACAAAUGACUACAUGGAGAAUGGGAGUUACGAUUGGAGCGAACCCAUGAGCAGGCGGAACCAGGUGUGAUGAAUUUGUGGAGAAGAUGUGUUUCAGAUUUUAGCUACGUUUGGAUUAGCACUACCGUAUCAACUGCGUGAUUCCCGUUUCCAUGAUAGCCAAACCUGUAUGUAUCUUUCCGGCACCGUUACUUUACUACACCUGCAUACUCGCCUUCUCCCCUGCUAACCGUUUUACAUCACAGCUACUGUAUAAGGUGAGUCCUAAAAUUUCUAGCAUGCGUCGGGGACAAUACUGUGUUAUCUCGAACAGAAUCUCUCUCAUAUAAUUCCAAGUUUCUUCGUCC